GAGAGAAAUGUCUGGAACUUUCUUCCUUCAUAUCUUCUCCUUCACCCGCUUAUAGCCCUUUCUCAUCACAAAGAUAUUUUCUCUCUCUAGCCUAUAAAAAGUCUAGUUUCCCUCGAAAAAAAUAAAAAAUAAAAAUACUCUCUCUCUCUAGCCUAUACAAAAGUCUAAUUUCCCUCGAAAAAAAUAAAAAAUAAAAAAUAAAAAUACUCUCUCUCUCUCUCGCCCUUUCCUUUUCUCCCAAAGAUAUUCUCGCAUUUCUGGUCUCUGUGUUCUCUUUCUCUCUAUGGUCUGAGAAAAUAUACAUCGGACUCGAAUUUCUUCUUGUGCGAGACGAGAAGAGCGUUAUAGAGAAAUCUUUUUCUUUUUUUGGCUUUUUUUCUCUGUCGUUUCUCUUUCCCGUUUGAUGGAUCGGGGAGGAUCCAACGGCGGAUCGUGCUACUACGCCGUCCUCGGGAUUCGCAAGGACGUCUCCUUCGCUGAUGUCCGCACGGCGUACCGCAAGCUCGCUUUGAAGUGGCACCCGGACAGAUGGACUCGCAACCCCGCCGUCGCCGGCGAGGCUAAACGAAGGUUUCAGCAAAUCCAAGAAGCUUAUUCCGUUUUGUCUGACCAGACGAAGAGGUCAAUGUACGACGCAGGGCUCUACAACCCCCUGGAGGAAGAAGACGAAGAAUUUUGUGAUUUUAUGCAAGAGAUGAUUUCCAUCAUGAACAAUGUCAAAGACGAGGGAGAUAGCUUUGAAGAUCUCCAAAGGAUGUUCGUGGAAAUGGUCGGCGGUGAUGGGACGAGCUUUGACCUCAAAGAGGAUCCGACGGCCACCAAGAAGGCGCGUGUAAAUGCGUCCAAAAGUAGCGCGGCAAAGCGCAAGUGCAACGCGUCCCGCUGCUAGUUGAUGGUGCACCGGGUUAGCGUGGAACUUCAUGUGUCUGAUAACCACCACUCUUCUUUGCCUUGAUUGUUUCCCCUAAAUCAAAGAUGUUAAUUGGAUGGGGUAGUUUGGUUCUUUAGGACUGUUUUUUGGUAAUUAAUUAAUAACAAUUUCCCCUUUUUUCUUUUUUUGUUUCUUUGGGUCUACUUUUAUAUUGGAUUGAUUACACAUUAUUGUUCGUGUUCUUUCAUUUUGGUUGAUCUAAAUGACAA